AAGGCUUGAAAAUAUCAAUUAAUGUGUAAUUAACGUAUUUCACUUGGUCCCAAACAAAUGAACUUUCCUAUAACACAAAAAUAUAAAAUGUUCUUUGUUUUCAGGUUGUCAAACAAAAUGUCUUAAACAUUGAACGUCUCUAAAUGAUUGUGUUUGUGCGAACAGAUYGASCCUGUUAAUGGAUAAUGGCUCUUCUCGUGUGUGUUGCAUAACAGUUUGUGCUGUUCUUCCAGGUGGACACAUGGGCUAAGCCUUUGUGAGGCGUUCUCUGUGCAGGACUUCUAUUAUUGAUUACAUUAUCACCAUGUUCUCUCUGCUGCAACACAGUAUCGCUAAAGUCCCAUUAACAGAGGUAAGAAAACGCGGGCUUGAUACAAAGAGGCCCCAGUCAGAGGCAGGGGCCGUUGCCUCUCAUAUUUCUCUUCCUGCAUUUGUCUCCACAUCUUAUGUACACACACUGUACUGUUUUACAGUGACGGCACAUUUUUGGAUAAGUUUAAUUAUGGCAGCUGGUAAACCGGAUCUGGUAAAAGAAAAAACGUUUUAAACGAUCAAAAAAAAAAUUAAUUGUGAGAGAAAAGAGGACAAGAGUAACUAAMCUCUGUAACUGAGUCAUUACUUAAUGAGUACUGUGCAAACGUCUUCAUCCAUCUGUUAAUUUUUGAACCUUUACUUUCAAAGUUCAAUGUAUUUCUUGUAACCCUUUGUAAUAUUAUCUAGCAGUGAACCUUACACGUAGAGGCUCUUUUUAAAUUGUACAAUGGGACAUUUGACACAGUCACGUUUGAUGACUCUUGCAGCUGACUUCUUUUAAAUCUGACCAUUUUGAGAUCUAUUUAUUUUUAAAGAUGAUGUGGUGACCCAUGAAUCAUUCAGGCAUAAGAUAMGUAUUGUUUUUAUAAUUGAAAAUCUAGGAAAGAACAAUUUUACUUUACACACCAUUAUGAGCAGACUACUACAACGACACACAUUGCUUCCAAUUAUUUUGCUGAAAAUCUGAAUAAUAUUAGAUAUAUUCUGUUUGUCUCACCUACAAUAGUAUUUUAGUGCUAAUGAUAUGAUUCUAUAUACUGGAAAGUAUAAGGACCAGACAGCAGGGUUACAAAAUACCCUCCAAAGGCCUAAGAAGAACUGUGGUAGUUUUAUUUACUUAGAAAAUGUACCAGAUAUAAAUCUUAAUAAAACAAAUAUGUUUUUAUCCAAUACAUAAUUUCUGGUGAUGCGUUGCUGUCCUUCAGUUCAUCACUAUCGUGACCCACAAAAUGGUGCCCACAGCUUUGUGGUUUUCAGACUAGUGCCAGUAGGGGUCGCCAAAUCGACACAAACCAUCUGCAAGUGUUGGGGAAAGACAUACUACCGCCUUUAAGGGGCAUGCUGCACUAAUCAUGUACCCUCUACACACACACACUUACACCUGAUGGUGUGUGUUCAGUAGUUUAGAGCACUUUGUCCCCCACAUACAUUCACAGAGCUAUCGUUUCUAUACCUCCAGGUCCCAGUCAUUCUAUCCCACUGCUUUAAUUAUGCACACUCAGAGGGCCCCCCUGUCUGAGGUUUGGAUCCAGUUGAUGCUGCUCACUGGCUUUAUUGGUUCUUGGCUUCUACCAGGUAAAGAGCGAGACGUGUGUGUUUUCUUCUCUUGCAUUUUCAGCUGAAUGUUUCUCUUGUCAGUUUAAGCUUUGCGUACUGUUGGCAUCCUCAUUGCGCUGCAGGGGAGCAAAAUGUAAGUGUGAGUAGAAUUUUGCUUAUGAUUAUCACAGGAAUGUUUAUAAUAUUGCUUAUUUUUAAAAAAWUUUAGAUCAAUUAAAGGUGAGACUUUUCUAAAAAAUAUAGUUACCUAAGUUGCCAUUUAAAAAGGUUUCUUUAAGAUAAAUAUACUCAAUGUAAAGUUGCUUUUCUAAUUUGUCAAAUUACUCUGCUUUAUUAAUCAAUGUAAAACAGGAAACCUACAUGGUUUCCUAUAUGAAGCAUUAACACUGUAAUACUUACAGCUGCCAGAAUAAUGCAGUUCAACAUGUGGAUAAAUCAAAACAUGGCUUGAAAUAGAUAAUAUGUUUGGAUUCAGUAUUCAAAGCAGCGUCUCAGUUGCUCCAACAGGCUUUCUCCUGCACUCUGCUGGGGGCUACUAUACAUCCACUGCCCAGGCUCCAGUUUCACCACKUCCUGUCUCAGUUUCUAGCACUAUAGCCUAUGUCUUUACAUUAACUUGGUGUGUGUUUGCUAUUGGACAACGUUCAUCUCCUGGCUGAUUGUUGUGAAGCCGUGUCUCAUUUCUGCAGCAUUUCCUUAUUCUUCUUUAUAUUGGUCUCUUUUGUCUUUUCAAAAGAGGGGCUGCUGCUUCUUGGAUCUGCCAGASUGUGAGAUAGGAGGAGAAGAAGAAGAAUGGAGAACAAUAAGCCAGUGAAGGAGGUUCUCCCCCUGCCUCGCCACCCCACCCCACUUCCUGUGACCUCCACCUCUCCAACCCCUGCUGCCUCCUUGAAAAAACACCCUGUAGGGUCCAUGCAGCAGGUUCAACUGGCCUCCUCAGUGGUGACAUCCUUCAAUCACCUGAGGCCUCCAGAGAGAGACCUCACGCCGAUGUCUCGGAUGAAGCCUAUUAAAUCGCUGAAGCAUGCCGGCUUAACUGCAGUCUUCACCGGGCAAACUUGGCUUGACAGCGAGGAGGUGCAGGAGGAGGUACCAAGUGUCAACAUGAUCUUGGCUGACAUUGACUCGCUGGUGCCAACCCACGAUGAAACUGGACGCCCCAUACCAGAAUGGAAACGGCAGGUGAUGGUUCGGCAGCUCCAGGUCAGGAUGCAAGAUGAAGAGGUAGAGGAGGCACAGAAUAUGUUGAAUGGCUACAUGCCACUGGAUUCCUGGAAAUACUCCCAGACUCACAACGCCAUCUUAGGGCCCUUUGGUGAACUGCUAAAAGAGGAAGAUCUGGUUUACUUGCAGCAGCAAAUUGAGUCUGUUUCUCUGCAGAAACGUUGCCAGGCUUAUGAGUUAGAGUUGACCAGGCUAACCGAGGAGUUAAAGGCAAUCUUACCUGAUCCUAUCGUCAAUAUUUCCCUCAACAAGGAGAUUCUACAAAGAAUGGACUCUGAGGGAACAAUACCCUUGACUCUACCCGUCUGGUGCGAUCGUGUCUCAGAGAUUGUCAAGAACAUGUCUCUGCUGGUGGCCAAUCUGACUAAAAYGCAGAGAAAAGAAAGCGAGUGGGGRUCGGUGGGAGGAAUGGUCGAAGGGAUGAAGAGUUUUCAGGAAAAUAUAAUUGCCUCUGAAAUUGAUUUGGACUCAAGAUUAAUGCAAAAUAGCCAAGAAAAGGAGUCUGCCUCUGCGGGGACAUCCAGUGUAUGCAGGAUACCCCAUAUUGGGAUGGCGUCUGCUUUCAGCCAUCGCUUGGAGAGCAGCAGCUGCAAUAGAGAAAAGAGAGAGAAGGUGGAGAGGGAGAUCCAGCAGUCUGGUGUGUCAGUAAAAAACCUCAGGUCCAACUUUGAGGGUCAGAUUGGAAGCAUUUACCCCUUUGCUGGGGUUGUACAUGGAGCACAGCGGCUGAAGGGCAAGAAUUGGGUUGGACCAUCAGCAGGAAGCAGUGAUGACGUGAACACACUCCUUAGUCAUGGCGCCAUUAAAACCUGUGGAGCUGUGAUGGAGACCACCAGCUUAAGGAAAGAGCGGAUAGUUGUGUUAUUCCUGAGUCACUGGAAAAAGUCUGCAUAUGCCAUCUCAAUGAGAGCAGCAAGACAGAGACAAGAAAAACCCGCAGCAUCAGGGAAAGCGGCUACAGCUCAGCUGAAACAGCAACCACACUCUCUGUUCCGGUUCUGCCAACAACGAGGUGCCGUGGACAAAAUGUUAAACUCCUGGAGGAAUAAGCUGGCGUUAAAGUGCACUCCAAAAUCCCACUUGGUCUCCUCACAUAGUUCAAGUAACUCCCGCUUUACCUACUCCCCAGAGCAGUUCCUACCUGAAACCGAUGGAGUCUCAAUGAGUCACGACAGCUUGACCCUUGACCUCUUCAUGCUGGGUUAUUUCCACAUCUUAGAACAAGACCUGCCUGCUGAGGAGAGGAAGAUGAGACAUCUCCUCUGCUUUGAGGUUUUUGAUCAUGUCAGCUUCUUCCCCUGGGAGAAGGUGCGGGAUUUCCACAAGGCCGUUCUCCAGGAAAUUCAGUCUGGGAGGCGGCAGUGGAGCGACGGCUUUGAGGACCUCAAAACUCAAUUCUUCGGCGAAUCGACACCGUGUCGCUGCCCGUCAUCACUGGUGCCAGGCUUUAAACCUGUACCCAAGGUUAUAGUCCAAAAUGCAAGUCCAGAGGAGAGCGGCAGUGACGCAGACGUUUCCUGUUUCAAUAAUGAAGAUAUAUGCAAAUAUAUCGAUCGCAGUUUUGCUUUCUGGAAAGAGAAAGAGGCAGAACUGUUUGACUUUGAACACUGAGCUAAAGUUUGAUGGGGGGUAUAUUUGGACAAAAGGACAUUGAAGAGCUUGCUUUAGAUGGAUCCUAAAUAAAAC